AGACAAGAGGGAAGGAACACCCUCCUUUCCUUUGAUUUGCCUAUGGAAUUUUAAAUGAAUAAUUUGCUUGCAGGUGAGAUGAUCAGGUCUAUUUCUAUAUAAACUGUGGAGUUCCACGUAUGGAAUUCCACAUAUGGAGAACCUUGAUAAAUCCCAAACUGCCCUCACAGAAACAUCUCAAAAUAAAUCAUAGCCAUUUCACUUGUCCUCACUGAUCUUUCAGACUACAUUUACCUAACAGCCCUGAAACCAAGCCCCUUUCCUUCCUGCCUUCCUUUCAUAUAACACACAUAAUUUUAAAUAUCCACUGUGCUGUUUCAUAAAAUGAAUAAAAAACAGAUCUCUGCCCUCAGGGAGUUUACAGUCUCAAAGAGGAGAAAGACAUGUAAACAUGUAAUUUCUGGUGAGUGUGAAGUGCAUGCUGUAAGAUAGAGAUUCAUUCAUUUGGAAAGUAUUGAGCACCUGCGAUGACCAGGGCUGGACCACGUGCAGUGAGUGCUCGCAGGAGGGGUGAAGCCAGGCAGGCCUUCACAGCGGGCUCCAGCCUGUGCCUGUUCUCUUCCGCUACCUGCUCGUCUCUCCCAUGGUGUCUGUUACCUGGAUCUCCAUCUCCAGACUCAUGUUCCUAGGCCUAUUUCAUCAAACAAGAGAACUGGAUUGUGUACUUGGGUGCCCCACGGGCACUCACCCCUUCCUCCUUCCCCUAAAACUAAACUCCUUCUCUUGAGCCCACUGUCCACCCAGGGAUCCAAGCCAGACACCUGGAUGUCCCAUCAACCCCUCUAUCCCUGUCACUCCCUCACCUCACAUCUUGUCAGUUACUAUGUCCUAUUAGUUCCCUCUUCAGGAUUUCUCUAGCUGACUCCGCCCUCUCAUCCUCCCUGAAGCUACCUUGGUCCAGGUCCUUGUCACUUCUCUGGACCAUCACAACCUCCUCCUUCUGUUUUCCUGUGGUUGAGGAACAAUAUGUUCUGAAACCAGACAGACCAAAGUUAAAAUCCCAGUGCAACCAUUUUAGGAGCUAUGUGACCUUGGACUGAAGGGGACAGGCCUGGGCCCGUGGCCUCACAGAGCAAGGCCUGCUCUCCCUCCCAGGCUGUCCAGGCCCCGCUGACGAUGGACGAGAGGGAGGAGGACGACGAUGAGGAAGCCUGGCUGCAGCUCCGGCCUGUGGAGCCCCUGCCCUCCCAGUGCUGUGGCAGCGGCUGCUCACCCUGUGUGUUUGACCUCUAUCUCCGAGAUCUGACAAGAUGGGAGGCAGCCCGAGUCAGCAAAGACAGGAGCCUGCUGAGUGGGGAGGAGUCACAGAGCUGCCCCUCCAAGCUGAGCCCAGACACCUUCCUGGCCUUCCGCAUCACUGCCGUGCACAGACUCACCAAGGACACCUACCAUGUCCGGUUUGCACUGCCCGGGAAGAGCCAGCUGGGCCUGCGACCUGGCCAGCACCUCAUCCUACGAGGGAUAGUAGAUGACUUAGAAAUUCAGAGAGCUUAUACGCCCAUCAGCCCUGUCAACGCAGAAGGAUACUUUGAAGUUUUAAUCAAGUGCUACCAGACUGGGCUGAUGUCCCAGUAUGUCGAGUCCUGGAGAGCAGGAGACACGGCUUUCUGGCGAGGACCGUUUGGAGGCUUUUGCUAUCAGCCAAACCAGUACGGUGAGCUCCUCAUGCUGGCUGCGGGCACCGGCCUGGCCCCCAUGGUGCCCAUCCUGCAGAGCAUCACAGACAAUGCAGAUGACGAGACCUUUGUCACCCUGGUCGGCUGCUUCAAGACCUUUGAGGGCAUCUACCUGAAGACCUUCCUCCAGGAGCAGGACCGUUUCUGGAACGUCCGCACCUUCUUUGUACUCAGCCAGGAGGACUGCCUGGAGCAGCUUCCCUGGAGUUACCGGGAGAAGACCCGCUUUGGCCGCCUGGCUCAGGACCUGAUUGAAGAGCUGGUCGGCUCCUGUCGGAGAAAGCCGUUUGCAUUGGUCUGUGGCUCGGCCGAGUUUACCAAGGACAUGGCCAGUUGCUUGCUGCACGCCGGCCUGGCCGAGGACUCCUACUUCCUCUUCUAGGUCUGGCCUCCCUUCCAAAGCCCGGGGGGGGACCUGCCAUUGGGUCACAGGAAGGAGCCCAGACUGGAAUCAGAAGACGUGGGCGGAAGACCGUCCCUAACUCUCCAGGUGACCUUGGGCGAAUGACUUUACCUCUGCACCUCUCUUUCUCAUCUAUCUGCCAUGAGGUCACUGACUCCCUCAGGCUGGCAUCCUGCGUGUGGAGGGAGGCGGGGGCUGCAGGAGCCUCAGGGAGGAGAGUAACCAGCCUGGCAGUCUGAGCCCCAGGAUGAGUAGGAGUUGGCAGGAGAGGGGGCUUCCUUGGUUCCUCAGAUUAGAGGGCUUUGGAGGGGCUCCCGCAGGACCCUGCCCUGCCAUGACUGUUGCAAAGCCUGCUUUCCCUGGACUGUGUGUCCCUCUUGUGGCCUUAAGGCUGGCUCAGAGGAGGCGCUCGCUGAGUGUUUAGGGAAUGACCAUAGAGGCUGAGAGCUCUUCGGUGGAGGAACUCGCCUUCUGUUCCUCCAGUGCCGUGAGCCUGACACAACGAAGGAUUUGGGUUCUGUGACCUGACCACGUUCUCAGAGCGAGGCGGGGCCCUGGAUUACCUUUAUUUUAUAUUGGCCCCACGCCUUUCCUUCUGCAGACGGCUUCACUCUUCCCUGGCUCUAGAGCCCAGCCCAGAGUCCUUUCUCCAGCAAAAGAGGCACAGAAUCAAACACCCCUCCCUCCUGCAGGCGGCCAGCUCAGCCCACGCCUUAGGCUCAGGCGCCCUGGUGACGGUUGCUAUGGAGAUCUAAAGAUAGAGCAGGAGUCAGGAGACCUGGGUCCGUCUCCCUGCUCUGCCGCUGAGCGCUGCUGAUACCGAUCCACCCACCCCUCCCCUCCACCCCGCCCCCUCCAUCUUGCCUGGGACAUGCCCUCCCCAGGGAACCCGGCGCUUCCGGCAGUGCACUGCAGUUAAUGAAUUCUGCUUUUUGCAGCCUGGGCUCCAGUGUGCGGCACCAGCUCAGGCUGGCUACAGGCAAUCCCAGAAUUGGAAUAUUAAGCCGUGGCAUCUCAGAAUUAGAGAACCAUAGAAUCAUAGAGUUAGAAUUUUACAGUCGUAGAACCGCAGUCCCCAUCAUAUCAGAGAUUAAAGUUCAAGAUUCCAAAAAGCAUCCAAGGUACCAGACUUAUUGUAUCCAUGGGGAAACCAAGGCCAAUGAGGCUAAGUGACCUGCCCAGGGUAAAACAGUUCACGGAGGGCCAGCUCUAGAAGCCAGGUCUCCCAGUGUCAGCCCCGUGCUCAGAGUUCUGUGCCUGUGGUUUACAAACUGGGCUCCCAGGACACUAGGGUUCCUGACAUGGCAGCAGUGAAGGGACAGCCAGAUGGGGUCUCCAGACCCCCCUUCAACCAGAGCAGUUCUAUUUUUUUUUUACUAUUUUUUUAAUUGAUGUCAUAAUAGUUUAUAACAUGGUGAGAUUCCAGUUGCACAUUAUUAUUUGUCAGUCACCACAUAAAUGUGCCCCUUUACCCCCCCAGCUCCCCCCUGGUAACCACCAAACUCUUCUCUCUGUCCAUGUGUUAGCUUAUAUUCCACGUAUGAGUGAAGUCGUACAGUGUUUGUCUUUCUCUGUCUGGCUUAUUUCACCUAACAUAAUACCCUCCAGGUCCAUCCGUGUUGUUGCAAAUGGGACGAUUUUGUCUUUUUUAUGGCUGAGUAGUAUUCCAUUGUAUAUAUAUACCACAUCUUCUUGAUCCAAUCAUCAGUUGAGGGACACUUGGGUUGCUUCCACAUCUUGGCUAUAGUGAAUAAUGCUGCAGUGAACAUAGUGGUGCAUAAGCCUUUUUGGAUUGUUGAUUUCAAGUUCUUUGGAUAAAUACCCAGAAGUGGGAUAGCUGGAUCAUAAAGUAUUUCUAUUUUUAAUUUUUUGAGAAGUGUCCAUACUGUUUUUCAUAGAGGCUGCGCUAGUUUGCAUUCCCAUGGGCAGUGAAUGAGGGUACCCUUUUCUCCACGUCCUUUCCAACAUUUGUUAGUUUUGUCUUGGUGAUUAUAGCCAUUCUCAAAGGUGUAAAGUGAUAUCUUACUAUAGUUUUGAUUUGCAUUUCCCUGAUGAUUAGUAAUGUUGAACGUCUUUUCAUGUGCCUGUUAGCCAUCUGUAUAUCUUCCUUGGAAAAAUGUCUGUUGAUAUUUUCUGGCCAUUUUUUGAUCAGGUUAUUUGUUUUUUUGUUGUUCAGUUGUGUGAGUUCUUUAUAUAUUAUGGAGAUUAACCCCUGUUGGAUAUAUGAUUUGCAAAUAUCUUCUCCCAACUGGUGAGUUGUCUUUUCAUUUUGAUCUUGGUUUCCUUUGCCUUGCAGAAGCUCUUUAGUCUGAUGAGGUCCCACUUGUUUAUUUUUUCUUUUGUUUCCCUUGCCCGAGUAGACAUGGAAUUCAAGAAGAUCCUUCUAAGGCUGAUGUCAAAGAGUGUUCUGCCCAUAUUUUCUUCUAGGAGUUUUAUAGUUUCAGGUCUUACCUUCAAGUCUUUGAUCCAUUUUGAGUUAAUUUUUGUGCAUGGCGAAAGAUAAUGGUCUACUUUCAUUCUUUGCACGUGGCUGUCCAGUUUUCCCAGCACCAUUUAUUGAAGAGACUUUCCUUUCUCCAUUCUAUGUUCUUAGCACCUUUGUCGAAGAUUAGCUGUCCAUAUAUGUGUGAUUUUAUUUCUGGCCUUUCAAUUCUGUUCCAUUGAUCUGUAUGUCUGUUUUUGUACCAGUACCAUGCUGUUUUGAUUAUCAGUGCUUUUUAGUAUAUUUUGAAGUCAGGGAUUGUGAUGCUUCCAGCUUUGUUCUUUUUUCCUAGGAUUGCUUUAGCUAUUUGGGGUCUUUUGUUGCCCCAUAUGAAUUUUAGGAUUCUUGGUUCUAUUUCCAUGGGGAAUGUCAUUGGGAUUCUGAUUGGGAUUGCAUUGAAUCUGUAGAUCGCUUUAGGUAAUAUGGACAUUUUAACUAUGUUUAUUCUUCCAAUCCAUGUGCAUGGGAUAUCUUUCCAUUUGUUUAUGUCAUCAUCGAUCUCCUUGAAUAACGUUUUAUAGUUUUCAUUGAAAAAUCUUUCACUUCC